AUGGAAUUCCGUCUUCCACACGUUCUUGCUUUUCUUGCUCUUGCACUUGUGGUAAGCCAUGCUGCCUUGCCACCUGAAGUUUACUGGAACUCUGUUCUGCCUAACACUCCUAUGCCAAAAUCGAUCGGAGACCUUCUACACCCAGACCUGGUGGAAGACAAAAGCACUUCAGUUGCUGUAGGUAAGGGUGGAGUGAAUGUCAAUUCUGGGAAAGGAAAGCCAGGCAAAGGCACCCAUGUCAGCGUGGGAGGCAAAGGUGUUGGUGUUAACACUGGUAAGCCUGGGAAGAGAACCGAAGUUGGUGUUGGCAAAGGCGGAGUAUCUGUGAACACAGGACACAAGGGAAAGCCCGUACAUGUUGGGGUAAGCCCAUUUAUCUACAAUUAUGCUGCAACUGAGAAUCAACUCCAUGACGAUCCAAAUGUAGCCCUUUUUUUCUUGGAAAAAGACAUGCAUCCCGGCAAAAUGAUGAACUUGCAAUUCACUGAAAACACCAACACAGCGACUUUCUUACCUCGCCAAGUUGCCGAUUCAAUACCCUUUUCAUCUAACAAAUUGCCAGAAAUCUACAGUGAGUUUUCAGUGAAACCAGGAUCGAUGGAAGCUGAGGUAAUGAAGGAUACAAUCAAGGAAUGUGAAAACCCUGGAAUUAAAGGAGAGGAGAAAUACUGCGCAACUUCACUAGAGUCAAUGAUCGACUUCAGCACUUCCACAUUAGGAAAGAAUGUUCAGGCAAUCUCCACAGAAGUCGAAAACCAAACCCAGAUGCAAAAGUAUACGAUCAAGACAGGAGUAGAGAUGAUGGCAGGAGAGACAUCUGUAGCGUGUCACAAGCAGAACUAUGCAUACGCAGUCUUUUACUGCCAUGCAACGCACACCACGAGGGCUUACACGAUUCCCUUGGAGGGUGCUGAUGGAACAAAGGCUAAAGCUGUAGCAGUGUGCCACACAGAUACAUCAGCAUGGAACCCAAAGCAUUUGGCUUUCCAGGUGCUCAACGUUAAGCCAGGAACUGUACCAGUCUGCCAUUUCCUUCCUCAGGAUCAUGUUGUGUGGGUUCCCAAGUAG